CCCUGCUACCAUGUCCCUGAUGCUCAACAACGCCUAUCAAGGAGGGAAAGCCUACGGAUUACUGAAAGCCAAGCAGGAAGGGCGGCUGGAGGAGAUCAACAAGGAGUUUCUCUGUGACCCGAAGUUUAGUGAUGAAGAGAAUUUGGAGGAAAAGCUUGCAGUUUUUAAAGAAAAGUACAUGGAGUUUGACCUGAAUAACCAAGGUGAAAUUGAUCUCAUGUCUGUGAAAAGGAUGAUGGAGAAACUGGGAGCCCCAAAGACCCACCUGGAGCUGAAAAGGAUGAUUUCUGAAGUGACCGGAGGGGUCAGCGAUACCAUCUCUUACCAGGACUUUGUCAAUGUGAUGCUUGGGAAACGGUCAGCUGUUCUCAAGCUAGUGAUGAUGUUUGAAGGGAAAGCCAACGAAAGCAGCCCAAAGCCUUCGGGUCCCCCUCCUGAGAGAGAUAUUGCCAGUCUUCCUUGAAAAGCCAAACUGGUCCAUUGCCCAUGAUUCCCUUGGGCUGUACCCAGGGCUUCCUGCUUUCUUGCUUCUACGUCGGACAGUCUUAGAAAGCCAUCACUAACCUGCCUUAGCAAAAAGGAAAUGACAAGGGAAGUUCCAGGGACCUUUCCCAGAAGAGUCCCUAUGUAGCCAUUGUUUUUUUACAGACUGCAUCUGAAUAGCCAGCUCUGUCUCUCCCAGAGACCUGUCAGUA